AUGUGGUGUGGAUCACAACUUCAACUCCGGGACGUAGCCAUCCGCGACGGUGCUUGCGACGAGGAGACCAUCACUCACGACCGCGCGCUUUACUACUUUGUGCUGCUGGCGACUGAGCUCCAGCACAGCAUCUUACGCCGCAUUGUCUUCACUCGCGCGUUCGCGCGUCUCCAUUAUCGCCAAUUCCCCGAUCGCUGGGCGGCCGACGGAGGCGGCGACGGUGGCGGUGGCAACGGUGGCUUCAGUGCUAGUGGCGAAAUCACGGAAAUGGAGCUGGAAGCAGUGUUGGGUAUGGAGGUUCACGCAGUGGCGGAAGCAGUAGGGGGAGCCGCCGACGAAAAGCCCCCGCUAAGCCAAACAAGCGAGGGCACCCUCGCUGUGGUCCACAGCGUCACACCCACGGCGGAGGUAAACAACGGCAUGGUGGAAGUGGACGUUGUCGCCGAGGCAGCAAUUCUAACCGUGGCCGCCUCCGAGGCCGUGCGGCAAAAUUUGGGAACAGCCACGAUGUGCCUGAACGGACUACCAAUGAGGGGCAUUUGGAUCAACUGGGGCGUAUGGAUCUGUGAGGCGCUCAACGAGGUGAUAAUGAGGACGAAGACGACGACGAAGGCUCAACGAGGUAAUAAUGAGGACGAGGACGACGACGAAGGCUCAGCGAUCAGCGAAGAAGAACAAGAGGAAGCCGAAGAAGAAAAAGAAAAGAACAUGGAGCCUGAAAGUGAUGGGAACGUGGAUAGAAGCGGGCAUGGCGAAGAUCAUGAUACCAACGAAACCGAAUCGGAGGCGGGAGAAGCGUUCGUAAUUCAAGACCCGACGGUGGUGACAAUCUUCAACAUUUCUUUCAAGAACUAG